GACCUGGACGUGAAGCGGAACCGGAACCGCGAGGCCCUGCGGGCGCUGCAGAAGGACCCGGAGCCCGACGGCAAGGCCAUGGUCUGCUUCGGGAACAUGUUCAUCGAGCUCCCAAAAGCCCAGACCAGGGAGAUGCUGCGGAAGGGUAAGGCAGGCGGCCCCGGCGCACGCGUG